AUGUAUCUUCGUUCUCUGUUCACUGGGUUGACUCUCGGGUCGGUUCUGGCUACUGCCGAACCAAUUCGUCGUUCGACCAUGUACCCUGUGAUCAAGACCAACAAAGGCUCUGUCCAAGGUAUCGCGUCUGAAUUCCGCGACGAAGUUACAGUCUAUAAGGGUAUCCCCUUUGGCGCUACUACUGGUGGCGAGAACCGUUGGAAGGCUCCCAAGCCUCGCGAGGCCUGGUCGGGCGUUCUCAAGGCCGAUUCCUGGGGCCCUAUGUGCGCUCAGUCUACUUCACCCUCUGCUGGAAUCUUCAACAGUGCUUCCAACAUCACCAGUGAGGACUGUCUGUUCCUGAAUGUCUGGACUCCCACCUACAACGAUACCAGCGACUUGACCUCGAAGAACUUGCCUGUCUAUUUCUGGAUCUAUGGAGGUCGCUUUGAAGCCGGAUCUGGCGACGUAGUCACCUACGAUGGCUCGGGUCUUGCCAGCAAGGAUAUCAUCGUUGUCACCAUGAACUACCGUGUCGGUCCUUUCGGAUUUUUCGCUCACCCUGAGCUCUCUGCGGAGUCGGGCCACAACAGCUCUGGAAACUACGGCCUUUUGGACCAGCAGUUCGCUCUGCGCUGGGUGCAGGAAAACAUUGCCAAGUUCGGUGGAAAUCCCAACCAGGUCACUGUUGGUGGGCAGUCUGCUGGAUCCUCCAGCUCACUCGAUGUGAUGUUUUCCCCUCUGGCUAAAGGCCUGGUCAACGGUGUGAUUUCCGAGUCUGGUGCUCGCGGUCCUCACGAUCCUAUCACCGGUAGUGCCGCCACUAGCUAUCGCACUAAGGUGGCUGCCGAGGCCCAGGGUGUGGAUUUCGCGAAGGAGAUGAACACCUCCUCCAUCGCCGAGAUGCGCAAGGUGCCCAUGGAGGACCUAAUCAGCUACGGCGGCUCCCUCAGUGAUACCAUUUUUGAGGGUACGCAGUUCGAGAACCUUACCAGCUCAUUCAUGGAACCUCCGCUUUGGCGCCCCAACAUCGACGGAUAUGUCCUCACUCACAGCUACGGCCAGGCUCUUAGCUUGAACGCCCACGCUGAUGUCCCCAUUCUAACCGGUAACAACGCGGACGAGUCCGGUGCCUCCACUACCUCCGACUUCACCGUUGCCCAGUACAAGAAACUAUACACCGAAAUUUCUUCUCUCUACCCCGGUCGCAACCAGACUGAAGCCAACGAAAACAGCAACGAGCUUUUCCGCGAUCUGAGUCGUGUCGGUACAUGGCGCUGGGGUGUUGACUGGACCGCUGGUGGUGCCAAGAGCAACGUCUACACCUACUACUGGAACCACACUCCAGCCGAGGAUGCGAGUGCCGGUGCUUAUCACGGUAGUGAGCUGUGGUAUGUGUUUAACAACAUUCCGUACUCUGACUAUUCGAAUGUCACUUGGACUCCUCUUGACUACAAGAUCGAGGAGAAGAUGUCCAACUACUGGGCCAACUUUAUCAAGACUGGAAACCCCAACGGUGACGGUUUGACCCACUGGCCUGCAACUACCGAGGCCAAGAACGUUAUGUGGCUUGGCAACUCCUGGGGUGCUGGUCCUCUGUCCAAGACCGAAGCUCGUAUUGACUUCAUCAAGCGCUGGGAGCACACUCUCAAGCAGUGGUAA